UUCUUUUGGACUGUUUUCAAUAGUACUCACAGACAGAUUGUUUUCAACAGUAAAAAAAAAAAAUUGAAGAAAGGAAAACAUGUCGUCAAACGACGCGUAAUUAUCUCAUUUGUUGUACCACCAGCGUCGAAGGCAUCCUUGGAACUCAUUUCACUUUCUCUAGUUUGAGAUAAAAUGCAAACACAGACGCAUAGAAGCGAGCUUACCGUGGGAAAAUAAAACGAGCCUUUGUUAUUCAAAUAAUGUGUGUACCCCCGUGUGAAGCGCGUAACAAAAGACUGUCACUAGAAUCACUACCAGAAAAGCAAAUGCCCUUUUAUAAACACACGUGGAGAGAGAUGCGUCUAAGCGGACACAACUUCCGUGAGAAAAUAUCUGGUAAUCAGCGCAACAAAGCACAUAAAAUAAAACUGCAGUGGAAAAGCGCGCUAAGAAGUGGAGUCUACUUCGCUGUGCACGCGUGGUCGGGGCGGAUAAAUUGCUUAAUUUGCUUCGCGGCACUCGCGAUGUUUUGCCGCUAAUUAAACGAGCUGGAAGUUUGAAAACAACCAGCCAAUCACACGAGCUUUCUCACACUCGUCACGCGCGGGUAGCUCCUUAGAGGUUUUGUUGCAGGCGGCCGGCAUGUGCCUAUUCAGUGCCGACCAAUCAGAUUCGGACGUUCCCACGGUAGAUGUUAUUGUUAAGUUAAUAUGAUAGUCCUUAACUAUUAAGGUUAUUGUUUAACGUUAUGUUUCCACUAAAGUGUUUACAAAUAUUUAACAAUGAAGUCACUGCGAAAGCAUUUUCUGCAAGGAGGAGUUGGUUUUGUUGACGUUAAAUAGUGAACGUAGUUUAAAGACGCAAACUAUUCGUCGCGGACGUCGCCAGUCUUGAACUCGCUCGUUUCACUCAGUUUGAAUUGAGAAUUAUGGCGUAUCAAGAUCACAAUAGCACGGAUUUUGUCAGCAAAGUUCGAGUCGAACGCAGAAAGGCUCAAAAACCAAGGAUAGAGAAAUUAAGGCGCGACAGAAUUAAUGGAAGCUUGGAUGAAAUCAAGCAUUUGGUACUGGAGGCUCUGAAUAAAGAUAUUUCAAGUUAUUCAAAGAUGGAAAAAGCUGACAUUCUAGAGAUGACAGUGCAGUUUUUGAAAGGAACACACGCAAGAAAAACAAUGCAAGCAGGGAUAAGAUCGAGAGUUGAACACACGACAGAGCACAAAGAUUCUUCCACUCAAGAAAGGCAUUUGCCUGCAGCUCCACAAAUGCCUUGCCUGUCACAAGAUGCACUUCUCAUGGGCAUGACCGCUGAUAUGAAACCCAUUCCACUACUGUCACAUGCCAUGUCACCUUUCGUCUCGGGCCCCAUGGUUGCCAUGACACCCCAACCAACCAUUGUAUGGCUUCCUUACCCUUCACCGCCUCCGUCACCCUCGGAGAAAACAAAUGAAGUUGCUGACUCGACAAUUCAACAGGACACGGCCACACAAACCGGAAAUGAAAACGGCAUUUUUUCAAAAACUUGCUUAAGUCCGCCAGUGACGUCACCUAGCAACGCAAUGUUACCAGUUUGGAGGCCGUGGUGACCAGCUUGAGGAAAAGAACAAUUGUAAUAAUUAUUCCCGAGAAAUGUUUAGCAAGAUAUAGGGUAUUUUAUGAAUGAAACCCUUAAAGUUCAAAGAGCGGGAAUCAAACUUUUCAAUUCAAUACAUUCAGUGAACGUAAAUUUCUCAUCACUAGUGCAAUAAAUUGUUAUUUUAUUCACAUUGUUGUGUUUAACUUUGUAUAGCAACAUUCUUUAACCCUUCACAUUUCUUUCCUUUUUGGACUGAUUUCUUAUGCUACAACUGUUUAAUAAUUCAGAGAAUAUAUUUAGGGAUAAAUCAAGAAAAUAUCCAAUUCUUGUUGAUAAUCUUUGUUCGUGACCCAUGGGCUCAAUAAUCUAUUGAUAUUGGAGAAAUAAGAAUUUGAUCACUCUGGAACCAAUUACUGAGAAUUGGCCUAAAUUCUAAUCUUCAGCCGAGAAAUAAAGCUAAUUGUUGAAACUUGAGAUUUGCAAAAUUUACUCAUGGCUGAGAAAUGUGCUGGUAGCUGAGAAAUCACCGGAAAUUCAACUGGUGUCUGAGAUCUCAGCACCUGUCAGAGUCCUAGAAUUAUAAUUAUUAUUACACGGCAAAUAAAAACUUUAUC